UGCCUAAAAAAUAAUUGAGUUAAAGCUAAACUAAAAAAGGGGUAAAGAGCACGAAACGAAAUGAUCAACAAUUCAACGAAUGUUGCCACGGCCUUGGCGACGGCCACAGGCACCGUGCAGACACUGGACAGGGGACAGCAGCAGCAGCAGCAGCAACCGGGGGCAGCAGCUAACAGUACGGCAACAUAUGGCAGGGGCAUUAGCUCCGACUGCAGCAGUACAUCCAACAGCGGCAUCCCAGCAUAUCACUAUCAUAGAAAAUUGCAACACCUGCUCCUCGUCGCGCUGCUCAUCUGCCUGUCCUCCGCCUGCUGUUGGCCCCAAGCGGUCCAAGCGCGACGCCAUGCGCCCCUCAUGUUCGAGGAGGCCGACACGGCCAGGCGCUCCAAUCGACCAGCGGUUACCGAAUGCCAGUUUGGCAAAGUUCUCCGUGAAUUGGGUUCCACUUGGUAUGCGGACCUGGGACCGCCAUUUGGCGUCAUGUACUGCAUCAAAUGUGAAUGUGUCGCGAUACCCAAAAAGCGACGCAUUGUUGCACGCGUCCAGUGUCGCAACAUCAAGAAUGAGUGUCCGCCAGCAAAAUGCGAUGAUCCCAUCUCAUUGCCCGGCAAAUGUUGCAAGACCUGUCCAGGCGAUCGUACCGAUACGGAUGUGGCUUUGGAUGUGCCAGUGCCCAGCGAGGAAGAGGAGCGCAACAUGAAACAUUACGCAGCGCUGCUAACGGGUCGCACAUCCUACUUCCUGAAGGGCGAGGAAAUGAAGUCCAUGUAUACGACAUACAAUCCACAGAAUGUGGUUGCAACCGCACGCUUUCUGUUCCACAAGAAGAAUCUGUAUUAUUCGUUCUACACAUCGGCGCGGAUCGGUCGUCCCCGGGCCAUACAAUUCGUGGACGAUGCGGGCGUUAUACUCGAGGAGCAUCAGCUGGAGACGACACUGAGUGGCACCCUCAGCGUCUAUCAGAAUGCAACGGGCAAAAUAUGUGGCGUGUGGCGACGUGUGCCACGCGAUUACAAGCGCAUUCUGCGCGACGAUCGUCUCCAUGUGGUGCUGCUGUGGGGCAACAAACACCAAUCGGAACUGGCCCUGGCCGGCAAGAUCGCCAAAUAUACGGCACUGCAAACGGAACUGUUUAGUUCGCUGCUGGAGCCACCAUUGACGGCGAGUGGCAAACCGGAUCCACAGCUGGCCGGUGCCGGUGGCACAGCGAUCGUUUCGACAAGCAGCGGGGCAGCGAGCUCAAUGCAUUUGACUCUCGUAUUCAAUGGCAUCUUUGGCACCGAGGAGUAUGCCGAUUCAACGCUCAGUGUCCGCAUUGAGCUGCCGGAGCGCAAAGAAGUCAUUUUCGAUGAAUUGUCCCGUGUGCGCAAACCAUCCGCAGAGAUCAAUGUCCUCGAAUUAUCCUCACCAAUAUCCAUACAGAACCUGCGGCUAAUGUCGCGCGGCAAACUGCUGCUCACCGUCGAAUCGAAGAAGUAUCCCCAAUUGCGCAUUCAGGGCCACAUUGUGACGCGUGCCAGUUGUGAGAUAUUCCAAACGUUGCUGGCACCACCGAUGCACGGCGGCGAGUUGAGCACCACCAGGAGCAGUGGCUUGGCAUGGGUGUAUCUAAACACAGACGGGUCGCUCGCCUACAACAUUGAGACGGAUCAUGUGAACACCAGAGAUCGUCCGAACAUCAGCCUCAUCGAGGAACAGGGCAAACGCAAGGCCAAACUCGAAGAUCUAACACCCAGUUUUAAUUUCAAUCAGGCCAUUGGCACUGUGGAGAAACUGGGACCCAAGGUCCUCGAAUCCCUAUAUGCGGGUGAAUUGGGCGUCAAUGUGGCCACCGAGCAUGAGGCAAGCCUGAUACGUGGCCGCCUCGUGCCACGACCCGUUGCCGAUGCACGAGACUCUGCCGAACCGAUACUGCUCAAGCAGCACAUGGAGCAUGGAUCAUCGGCAUCGGCAUCGGCAUCGGCAUCUGCUGGCCAUAGCAUGGGCAUGGCCUGGAUGUCCAUCGAUAACGAGUGCAAUCUGCACUAUGAGAUCACAUUGAGCGGCGUGCCAACGCAGGAGCUGCAACUCUAUCUGGAGGAGAAGCCAAUUGAGGCAAUUGGAGCGCCUGUGACACGUAAACUGCUCGAGGAGUUCAACGGACAGUAUAUGGAGGGUUUCCUGCUGGGCAUGCCAUCAGCGGAGCUAAUCAAACUGGAGACGAGCGUCUGCUAUCUGGAGUUGCAUGCCAAGCACAGUCACCAGCUGCUGCUGCGUGGCAAACUCAAGUCCACAAAGGUGCCCGCCCACUGUUUCCCCAUCUAUACGGACAACAAUGUGCCGGUGCCGGGCGAUCAUAAUGAUAAUCAAAUGCUAACCGCUGAAACGAAAUGCUUCCAUUCGGGUCGUUUCUACAAUGAGUCGGAGCAGUGGCGCAGCGCACAGGAUACGUGCCACAUGUGCGCCUGCCAGCGUGGCCAAUCCAAUUGUGAGCCAAUCAAGUGUCCGGCACUCAAGUGCAAGCCACUCACCGAGCAACUGUUGCAGCGCGAGGGUGAAUGUUGUCCCACUUGCGUCGCGAGACGUGGUGAAAAUGGCGCCGAUUGGCAUAUGGCAGCUGGUGCGACAACAUCAUCCACAUCCAUUGCUGCGCACAGCAAUAAUGGCAGCAGCGAUCUGUUGCAGCCGCAUCGCGGCUGUCGUUUGGGCGAUCAAUUUCAUGCCGCCGGCGCCAGCUGGCAUCCGUUCUUGCCACCGAACGGUUUCGAUACGUGCACCACAUGCAGCUGUGAUAUUCUGACGCUGGAGGUGCGCUGUCCACGGAUGGUCUGCCCGCCGCUGCAGUGCAUCGAGAAGUUGGCCUUUCGGCCCGAUAAAAAGGCAUGCUGCAAGGUCUGUCCCGAGGGCAAGCAGAGCACUCAUGGCCAGAGCAGCAAGCAUACGCCCAGUAAUCCCAAUGUCCUACACGAUCAGGCAAUGCAGCAUUCGGCUGCCCAUACCGCUGAAGAGGUACUCAACGCCGGUGGCUGCAAGGUCGUCAAUAAGAUCUACGAGAACGGACAGGAAUGGCAUCCCGUGCUCAUGUCCCACGGCGAACAGAAGUGCAUCAAAUGUCGCUGCAAGGACUCGAAGGUGAAUUGCGAUCGCAAGCGUUGCUCUCGCUCCACGUGCCAGCAGACGCGCGUCUCCGGCAAGCGUCGCCUGUUCGACAAGCCCGGCAGCGAGGCGGCGACGGGGGCGGGUGGCGGACCACAGCCGAUUGAUGAAUGCUGCUCGACGCAGUGCCGACGCUCGCGACGUCAUCACAAGAGGCAGCCGCAUCAUCAGCAGCGGGCGGCCAGCAGCUGAGCAGUUGGCAGGCGCAACAGGGGCAACAGAAUUUGUGUACUCUCCCAACGAGAGCGAGAAAGCGUGACAGGGAGCGAGCUAGCGAGCGACAGAAAGAGAGAGCAAGAACAAUGUAAACUUGUAUUAUAGCAAACAAAACAAAACAAAACAAAACAACAACAAAAAAAUAGAAAGCAUGCACAGAGCGAGUGAGCGAGCGAGAAAGCCUGCGAGC